AUGUCCGAACUGGAAAAUGCGGCAACAGCCGGCAAAACUAUUGAGGAGUUGCAUUUGGAAGUAGAGCGACUGUCGCGCGAACUAGAUCAGGCAGCUAGCGAACGCGCACAAUCGGCACAAUAUGGUCUCUCGUUAUUGGAGGAGAAAUUGUCACUUGAACAGAAGUGUGAGGAAUUGGAGACACUGUACGAUCAUGCCAAACACGAGUUGGACAUUACACAAGAAGCACUAGCCAAGUUUCAAACUUCACAAAAGGUCACCACAAAAACUGGCAUCGAACAGGAGGAGUCCUUACUCACCGAGACGGCAGCACUCGAAACAACAUUGAAUAGUAAAAUACUCGACUUGGAAAAUGAGACAAAGCAAUUGCGUCACGAAUUGGAACGAGUACGCAACGAACGUGAUCGUAUGCUGCAAGAGAAUACCGAUAUUGGACGCGACAAAUCAGAUAAUGAGGCUGAGAAACUGCGCCUCAAGGCCGAGGUGAAGGAUCUGAAAUUUCGUGAGACACGAAUGCUAACGGAAUACACAGAACUGGAGGAGGAAAACAUAUCGCUGCAAAAGCAGGUGUCGAGCUUGAGAAGUUCGCAGGUGGAAUUUGAAGGUGCCAAACACGAGAUACGUCGUCUAACCGAAGAGGUUGAACUGUUGAACUCACAAGUGGAUGAGUUAGCAAAUCUGAAGAAGAUUGCCGAAAAGCAAAUGGAGGAAGCUCUAGAAGCUUUGCAGUGCGAACGUGAGGCAAAAUAUGCGCUCAAGAAGGAAUUGGAUAGUCAUUUGAACCGUGAGUCCAUGUACAAGAUAAGCAACUUGGCCUAUCUACGUAGUAAUAUGGACGACAACAUAAGCGCCAAUAGUGAUGGCGAAGAGGAGAAUCUCGCCUUGAAGCGCCUCGAAGCCGACUUGACUACAGAAUUGAAUGCCACCGACGGCACCAAAUGCGAUCUCUUCUCCGAGGUGCAUUUGAAUGAGUUGAAAAAGUUAGAAAAACAAUUAGAAUCGAUUGAAAACGAAAAAAUGCUACUCACUGCGAAUUUACGAGAGGCACAAACCAGUUUGGAUAAAUCACAAAAUGAAAUACAAAAUUUCAUGGCACGUCUAGCGCUACUAACGGCACAUGUCGAUGCAUUGCUACAGUUGAAGAAGCAGCUAGAUAUAAAGGAUGAUUCCAUGGAAGCGGUGAAACGACGCAAUGACGAACAAAAUGUACGACAACAACUGCUGGAUAUACUCGCACAGUAUAACAGUUGGUUCACACUAUCCUCCAAAGAGAUUGACGGUCUCAAGACUGAUUUAGUGGAACUGCAAAAGGGUUUCAACUACACCGACGCAAUGACAACACUACGUAAUGAGGUCACAAAUUUGAAAAAUAAACUGCUCAGCACCGAGCAGAAAUCGCUGGAUCUGCAAAGUGAUGUGCAGACACUCGCAAGUAUUUCACAAAAUGCCGGACAAAGUUUGGGUUCGGCACGCUCCACUUUGGUGGCCUUAAGUGACGAUUUGGCACAGUUAUAUCAUCUCGUUUGCACCGUUAACGGCGAAAUACCGACGCGUAUUAUGCUCGACACGAAGAGCGAUGAUAUGAGCUUCGAAAACGAUUCGCUUACUGCCAUACAAUCGCAGUUCAAGUCCGAUAUUUUCACUUCCCGCUCACACACGAUUGAGGAUUUGCAGGGUCUCGCCGAUUCUGUUGAAAUUAAAAAGUAUGUCGACACUGUGAGCGAUCUGAUCAAGCAUUUGAAAACCGCUGUCGAGCACACAAUUGAGCACAACAAGAAUAAAGUGCGCGGCGAUGUUUCCGAAGCUGAUAAAUAUAAUCGCGAGGAAGUCGAGGAGCUGCAAGAGCAAAUCGUGCGCCUUAAGGGCUUGCUUUCACUCAAACGCGACCAAAUCGCUACAUUACGCACGGUCUUGAAGUCCAACAAACAGACCGCCGAGGUGGCGCUCACCAAUCUCAAAUCGAAAUACGAGAACGAAAAGACCGUGGUCAGCGAGACAAUGUCCAAAUUGCGCAAUGAACUGAAGAUACUCAAGGAAGACGCAGCGACAUUCUCAAGUUUGCGCGCCAUGUUCGCCGCUCGUUGCGAGGAAUACGUCACACAAGUGGAUGACCUCAAUCGCAAACUGGAAGCCGCUGAAGAGGAGAAGAAGACUCUAAAUCAGCUGUUGCGUUUAGCUGUGCAGCAGAAAAUUGAAUUGACUCAACGUAUGGAGGAAAUGGAAAUCGAUCGUGAAACACGUUUCGCGCGUCGUUCGAUGCCACCACAGCGCGGCAGCAGCGGCAAAUCCUUCUCGUCACGGCCCUCAACACGUAAUCCGGCCGGCAGCAAUCAGAAUCAAUUCUAACAUAAAAUAAGCGUGCAGCGAAAGAUUUUAGCUUUAGUUUAUACACUGCUUAAGUUAUAAAGUCACUUUUGUGUAAACUGUCACACUAUCCACGAGUCACGUGUCACACACGCAAAUACAUACUGUCACUUUUAAGGUAUGAAGUAAUUGCUAAUAUUUGUCUCUUAAAUCAAGAGAGCAAAAUAUUUCAAGCAAGUGCUAAAUUUUAGCAAAAGAAAAAAAACAGUUAGUACGGUGUUUAAAGAAAAUAGUAAGGAGAGCAGAGCAAUAUCGUAAAGAAUUAGCAAUUUUUGCGCUAAGCAACCUAUAGCGAUAUAAAAUUUUAAUAUCGUAAUCGUUUGCUGCUCUUCACAUCGUACUGAGGAAUUCUUCCGCCCGUUUAACUAAAGACACUGCGUUCGGUUUAAAAGUGACCGUUAGUCCAUAGAAUUUGUUUUUAUAAUUACUUAUCUAUUAGUAAUACAAGACACUACUAUAACGACUAUAUUGGGUAUUAACAUUUAUGUUGGUGCACACAGUUAUGCCAAACUUGAAUUUACAACGAAAUUUGUUGGUUUUAAACUCUACAAAGAGAAUUCGAGCAGUUGUGGAAAGCUUUAUGUUGUUAUGUAAGCAUGCAUAUUUGUAAAAGAACUUCGAAAUUUUAUUAAAUUCUAAGCAAGUUUGAAAAAGUUAAUGUGGAUCGUAUUCAAAACUCUCCAAAAAGCUCAAGUCUGCACAUCAUCUUAUGAAAAUCAUGAAAAAGAGCUGCAUAUCUAACGGUAAUUCGAAGAAUUUUUGAAAACGCUAAUGUGGAUAUUAUUAAAAACUCUCCAAAAAGCUCAAAUCUGCAAAACACGUUCUGAAUCAAGAAAAAAGAGCUGCAUAUCUAACGGCAAUUGAAAGCUUGUUUGGAAACGCUAAUAUGGAUAUUAUUAAAAACUCUCCAAAAAGCCCAAGUCUGCACACCAUCUUAUGAAAAUCAAGAAAAAUGGCUGCAUAUCUAACAGUAAUUCAAAACAUUAUUGAAAGCGCUAAUGUGGAUCGUAAUCGCAACUCUCCAAAAGGCUAAAGUCUGCACAACACGUUCUGAAAAUCCAGAAAGAAGAGCUACGAGCACGAGAAUAUUCAAACUUAAGAAAGUUUUUGCGCAUUGUACGAUUUCGGACUCUAAAUUUAAGUUUCAGGAGAAGAUUUAUGCUUUAUAGAAACAAACUUUCAACUGAAGCUUUGAACUUUAAAGUUUUGUAGAACAACUUAACAUUAAAAAAAUUUUGCUGGUCAAGAAAAAUUUCCAAAAACGACGAUUUUAAAAUGGAGCUUUGAGCUUUAAACAAGAUAAGCUUCAACUGGAGUUUUG